AUGCGUUGUACUACUUGUAACGGUUACGUUUACAAAGCCAAAAAGUUCAACUCGCGGAUGGAAGUUGCGGAAGGAGUGGAUUAUUUGGGCUUAAGACACUAUCGAUUUUACAUACGAUGCCCCACAUGUUGUGCAGAGAUUAUUUGGAGGACUGACUUGGAGUCCAAUGAUUACGUUAUUGAGAGUGGAGCUAAAAGAAAUUUUGAAGCCUUGAAAACGGCUGAAGAACUGGAAGCAAAAAAAGCUGCGCUUGAGGAGGAGGAGCUUCAGAAUAACCCAAUGAAAUUGUUAGAAAAACGAACAAACCAAAGCAAAAAUGAGAUGGAAACGGCAGAAGCUCUAGACGAUUUAAGGGAACUAAACAAAAGACAAGCUACACUAGAAACUGAUGAGAUGCUCCUGAGAAAUAUCUGGAUGGAAAGGGAGGCUGAAAAAGAAGCAGAAGAAAAGGCUGAUGAGGAACUCAUACGAGCUCCUGGCUUCAAAGAACGCUCCACCUACACUUCCCGAAACUGUAGCAUCAGUGGCAAACUCAUCUUCCGUUUCCAACCAACCGGGUCUGUCCAAGCUGCCUUCGAGCACGUGUAA